AUGCAGUGCUGCCACGCAGGCUCGCUCCAGCGCACUCUGCCCCGACGGAGGAGGGGGCCCGGUGCCCACAGUCGAGUCAUCAGCAGCCUGACGCCCACAACAACAGCCAGCAGAGUUAGCUACAGUCAUUUGGCUUUCACUUUAUAAGCCCACUCUGAUCACACACUGUAGGCUAUUUCCCUCAAAAAGAAACCUCUGGUCAAUCAACUGAAAGAAUUGCUGCAAAAUCUGUUGGCCAUAAGUUAGACAGUUUGAGAUAUGCCUUGUAGUGAACUUGUUGAACUAGCUAAGGGGCUGAGAGGAAGCUUAGCAUAACCCAGACAAUAACCUGUUAACGAUGUCACACCUUCCAUCCACAAAUGCAUGUCACUUAAUCAAGGACGGUUUAGACACGACUGGGAUGGUGGUAUUGGUGGUGUGGAGAUUGUGGACAGUCCAAUAUUCUUCAGAAUACUAACCUUCACAGUGUAAUGGAAUAGAAAGGUCCACAGGAGGCUGCUGAGGGGAGGACGGCUCAUAAUACUGUCUGGAACGGAGCUGAUGGAAUGGCAUCAAACACAUGGAAACCAUGUGUUUGAUGUAUUUGAUACCAUUCCAGUAAUUCCGUUCCAGCCAUUAACACGACCCCGUCCUCCCCAAUUAAGGUGCCACCAACCUCCUGUGGAAGUGGGCCAAGUGUCCUUGGGUACACGAUCUGGUUAAAGUUUGUUAUUGGAUGGCUUGAUAGUGUAACCAGUGUGAAAUGGCUAGCAUUUCAAUCGUUGAGGUGACAGAGGGUCCCUUGUUCGAGCCCAGGUUGGGGCGAUUAAAGGGACGGAAGCAACACUGUUACACCAGGCCUAUUUAAAAGACACUUGUAGCAACCUGAAAUGGCAUUGCAGGUAGGAUACACCUGUACCCUAUUGCGUUGUAAUGCAUGUAUCAGUUUAUCCAUGUCACACAUGCGUGUAAGUGGUGGAACACAUGUUCCAUUCGUAUAAACUGAGACGGGUAUAGAAUAGAAAUCUGCUAAAUAUACAGUAUAACCUGAAUAAAUAGACUCUGUUCCAUCUCCUCUGUAUCCAGGAAGUGUCAAGGGGGUCAACAUCACCAGCCCUGGCUCUCUGAUCCGGGGCACAUUGGGCGGGGAGGCUCUCCUCUCCGUUCGCUACAGCAGCUCCAGCCCUGACGCGCCCGUCAUCAAGUGGCAGCUGAAGAGGGAUGACAAGCCCGUCACCGUGGUCCAGUCCAUCGGCACCGAGAUCAUUGGGAACCUGAGGCCCGAGUACCGGGACCGCAUCCUGGUGUUUGAGAAUGGCACCCUCCUACUCCACAACCUCAAGCUCUCUGAUGAGGGCACCUAUGAAGUGGAGAUCUCCAUCACGGAUGAUACUUUCACCGGAGAGGGGAGUAUCGACCUGACUGUGGAUGGUAGGUGGUCCAUAGUGUAAGCAGGAGCCUAUCUCCUGAUUCUGUAGCGUGAGGCAGCUUGAUGUACAAGUACACCCCCUGGACAGGAUGCUAGUCUAUCACAGGGUCUUACCUCCUUAAUGCUGAGAUGCAUUGGGCACCAUUUUUAGAGUCUUUGGUAUGACUCGACCCUGCAACCUUCCAAUCUCAGGGAAGACACUCUAACCACAAGGCAAUUGAGAUGGUUGGUGCAUAGUCUAGGAUAAGUUUACUUGUCCUUCAUGACAUGACUUGCAUGAAAGAGGCUCUGCUUGUAGGAACUUCUGGGAUUGUCUGUUAUAAAACCAAAUUAUUUUUUAUCCUUUUUGUUUAUACAGUAUUUCUCACAUAUUUGUAUGACCUUAACAUUGGCUGAAUUGUCAAGGAAAGUGCGGGGGACAAUGGUCCAAACCGUGUUGUUCCUGUAAAGUCAUCGUCGCAUAUAGGGUCACCUGAGAAGUUGUUUAUGUACACCUGAGUUCAUUAGCUCACCUGUAACUCACAGAUUUUUUUUCUUCUUAAACUCAUCAUAUCAGUAUAACAUUUGACCCAGAAGGAACAAGAGAUCCUAAUCUUUUAGUUGGGGACAUGUCUUGACGUGUCUGACUACUAUACUUCUUCUCCAUAGAGCCCAUAUCCAGACCUUACAUCCACAUGGAGGCCUCCUCAGUACUGGAGCUCAGCGAGCACUUCACCCUCAACUGCUCCCAUGACAACGGAACCAAUGCGAAGUACAGCUGGCAGAAAGGCGGGAAACUGUUGACCAAUGAGACGCGUCUGCAGCUGUCAACUGACCAGAAGCUCUUGACGAUCGUGCGGGUGCUGAUGGUGGAUGAUGACAUCUACGGCUGCUCUGUGGAGAACCCUAUUGGCAGCAUGAAGAGCCUGCCCAUCAAACUCACUGUCUACAGUAGGCUACACAGUGGUACUAUAGGCUUGAACCAGUGGCAAUUCAAAGCCACAAUCUGUAAUCCGGUUUUCGGUCAAACGGCAACCCUGCCACUUGCUUUGCUAUAAAAUUGAGGGAUGGGGCUGGAUGACUCCUGUUAUACUCUCUGGCUCUCUAACCCACGAUAUAGAUGACUUUAGAAAGUACUCACUAAAUCAAUGUAAUCUCAGAGCGCUUUUCCCUAUAGUCCUACUUGGUACUGGUUCAAGCCUAGGGCAUGCAACAAAUACUUCACUGAAAAGCAAGUCCUUGUAUGUGAGAGAAGGGGUGAAAAAAAGGCAAAUGCAACUAUAGAUAGUUUUUAUUUUACUAACUGUAGCCUAAUGUACCAGCAGCAAAAAGAUAAUGCGUGGGAGGGAAGUUGAUCACUGGCUAUACAUCCAGUACAUCACUCCAUCACAGAGACAUGAGUGUGUGCGUGGGAUGACGGGGGAGGAAGUACAUACUGUAAUUCUGCUUGAACAUAUUGUUAAGUAGUUCUACUGUGCCGUUUGUUUUCCUAUUCCCUAUAUAGUGCACUACUUUUGAACAGAGCCUUAUGGGCCCUGGUCAAAAGUAGUGCACUAAAUAUGGAAAAAUGUUCCAUUUGGGACACAGUCUAUGACCCUCUUCCCCUCCUGACCCUCCCCCAACAGGGAGGAGUUCCCUCUAUAUCAUUCUCUCCACCGGGGGUAUUUUCCUCCUUAUCACCUUGGUUACGGUGUGCGCCUGCUGGGGGCCAUCAAAGAAGUAAGAACCAAACCCACUUUUGUCUCACUCUCUACAUGUUUCUGGAUGCUUCUGUCUGUUCCCGGUCCUACGGGUUGGGAAUACAGUGAGAAGCUUAGUAAAAUGGCAGAAGCAUAUUGAUAGACAAGUUCAUUAAUGCAAUCCAGUUAACGUGAUAAUAAUUAUUGAAUUAUACAAUUAUUAAUCAAAUGUUUUAUUAAAAUAAUAAUUACAAUGUUAUAAUACAAUAAUUGUACUGAUAUACUGUAGUGUUAAAUUUGACAUGAACAAUGUUGUUUUGAACAGUUUUAUACUGUAUAAUUUUAGCACACAGUUGAAUCUCAUUUACAUUGUACGUUUAUUGUGCAGAGAGCGGCAGAAACGGCAAAUGAAGCCCAGAGGUUUGGCAGGGCUGCCAAGACAUUUAAUAGAACACCCUGAUUAUUCCCCAAUCAAUCAUGCAGGUAAGGAACCUACAAAUUACUUUGAUUUAUAUUUCCUAAUUAUUCAUAAGAAUGUAUAAAUUGUUUUGCUGCACCAAAGGUUUUCAUCCAAUGUCAUUUUCAUCUUGUACAGUUGACGUUGUACCAAAAAUGAUGACUGAACAUGAACACAAGAAUCCAGUGGCACUCUACAUCCUCAAAGAGGUACCUCUUUAAAUAACAAAAAAUAUAUAAAGCUGUCAUCAGUAUCUGACUCAAAACAUAGCUAAAUAAACCUUUGUUUGAAUAAAUUUGAAUGUAAUAAAUCGAUAAAAUGCCCAGAGAUAUGGUGGGGGCUUGUAGGUGUUUAUUUCUCAACCCUCAUUCAGCUGUUAAGAUGACUACAAUAGCUCAAUGUAGAAAACAAUACAGCCAAUACACCUUAGUAUUGUUUGGGACCUGUUCAGAGCAUUGUGUGUGUGUGUGUGUGUUUCUGAGUAUUGACUUGGUUUCCCUCGUUGUAGGAUUCCCAUCAGGGCGACCAUGACUCACCCGGCAACAUGGGCAUGGGCCCCCCCUCUGAACCACCCAGCAGUCCCCCCAGCUACAGCAGCUCCUUGCCCCCCUCCUCACGCUCCCCUGACCCCCCCGCCCGCUCCUCUCGCAGGUACCCCCGCACUCCAAUCAGCUCCCCCCCUUCGCAUCACAACAAUAAGGUGCAGAGCAAGUCCUCCACCCCCUCCCCACCCCGCACUCGAAGCUCCGGGCGCAUAUUCCGCGCCCCAGUCGGCGUACCGCCUGCCUGUCAGUUGGAAGAGCCCACCCCCACACUGGAGAGCAAUGGUACCACUCAGCCGUGA